AUAAGAAAUUUUUUGCAUGUGGCAACACCUCAGACAAAUAAUUUUAUUGUAAUUCGUCUUGAAUCUCCUGAAUUUUACUUUCUUAGAUUUAGAGUGGCAAAUCUGUUCAAAUUUUUUUCAAUUAAAAUGAGUAAACAUUCUCAGCGGCAUGCCCUUCUAGCUGUUUAUUUACCAUAUCACUAUAGUUUUCUUCUGAAAAUUUGAAACAGUUGGCAAUUCUAAAUGCAAAUAACGGAAUAAAUUAAAAUAAAAAAGUAUAAAAACUCGAGUGCAACCGAACAUUUUAUAUUCUCGCAAUUGAUUGAUACAGUUUUAUAAAGAUAACACACAAUUUGACACAUAUAUUCAGCAUAAAGUUCAAUAGAAUAACGAAAGUAAUCAUAUUUAGUAAAUAUACGACGGCUAAGAUAUGUAUUUUAGAUGUUUUAGCACCUAUCCUUAUGUUGACGAAUUAUCGAGUUAGAAAUCAAUCAACGUAUCACCAGUUAUUUAUGGAUUUUUUGCACCAGCUGCUUUUACCACAUUUACUGAUCUCAAAGUUAUGGAAACAACUUGUGAACUGGUUGGAAAGUAAGUAAGUAAUGAAUGAUUAAAUUUAUUUAUUUUGAAAUUUUCUUAAGAUUUCUGCUUGAAAAAGCUUAAGGUGUACUUAUGGAUUUUUUGAAAUUAGAGUAUUCCAUACUUUACAUACUCACAUUUAUCUUCAAUUCUACAUUUUCAUGUUUGUUUUGAUUUUAUGAAAUGUUUUCAAUAUUUUCCCUGAUAAAUUUUUACAUUUGUAAUUCGAAAUUUUGAAUUUGGAAUUCUAUUUGGUGAUCGUUUUGGUGUUGUAUUUGCAAUGUGUUUAUUACCGUCACAGAAAAGUGGUACGAGCCUAAACGAUAGUCUAUCGAGCGUCAGCAGUGAGUCCUUUGUGCACGCAACUAGCUUCAAGCAACAGAAUGCUUCGGUGGAGCCCAAAUUUCUAAUUGUCGGCGCCGGUGCGGCCGGCAUCGCCUGUGCUGUGUCGUUGUUGAGAAAGGGCUUCAAGUGUGUGACCAUAAUUGAGGCAGAAAAUCGGAUCGGUGGGCGAAUUUAUACAAAAUCAUUUAGUCACAAUAUUGUAGAAAUGGGCGCACAAUGGUGUCAUGGAGAAAAAGAGAAUAUUGUCUUCCAAAUGGUUAGUGGUAAAAAUAUGCUGCGAUCCUCGAGUUAUAUCUACACGAAUUUUGAUUGCAUACGAUCUGAUGGUGAGAUGGUGUCGAGUGAUAUUGUGCAAAAUUUGAAAACUAUAUUGGCGCAGAUAUUUGCAAGACGUGACCAGGAAUUACCCACAUUUGAAGGUACUCUCGGUGAAUAUCUUUCCAAGAAUUUUUUUAAAAUAUUAAACAACGAUGAGUACAGGAAUAUCAAUCCGGUAAUCGCACGAGAAUUUUUCGAGAAUUUCAUCAAAAUUGAACGAUCUGAAACGUCGGCCGGACUCGAUGAAAUAUCCGGUCAGGGGUUUCAAAAAUACGCUACUUGCGAUGGCGAUUACUUACUGCAUUUUGAAGAUGGAUUUUUGCAGUUUCUACGCACACUAAUGAAAGCAGAUGAGCUCGGUAAUGAUUUUGGCGUUCUCGAAGAUAAAAUACUGUUCGGCAUUCGUGUAAAAGAGAUCAAUUGGAAACGUAGUGACUUUAAAGUCGAGGUCUAUUGUGAGAAUACAAGUGCCGUUUUUCUUGUCGAUCAUGUUAUAGUGACCGUUUCAUUGGGUGUACUCAAAAAUAGAGUACAUCAUUUGUUCACUCCCGAAUUGCCAGCAUCGAAGCUAAAUGCCAUUGAUGGACUCGGUUUUGGUAGUAUUAUGAAAAUAUAUUUAGAAUUUCCCGCACCAUUUUGGAAUAGUCAAUGGACAGGUUUUGCUAUGCUUUGGCGUGAACAAGACCUUGCGGAGAUACGUGGCAGUCAACGCGCAUGGUUGGAAGAUAUUUAUGGCUUCUACAGAGUACCCAGACAGCCGUGCACCCUAGUCGGUUGGUUGGUCGGAUCACACAUACCACUCGUUGAAACAAUGUCUGAUUUUGAUGUGAUUAACGGUUGUUUGUACUUGCUGAGACGUUUUCUACCGCACUGGACAAUAAGUCAAACCGUAGAUUUUGCCAGAAGCACUUGGGAUACCAAUCCAAAUUUUCGUGGCGCAUUUUCAUUUCGGUCGCUCAAAACAGAAGAGUUGUCCACAUCGCCAGCGGAGUUGGCACAACCAAUAACUAUGCUAGGACCAGCUCCGAUGUAUCGCGUAUCCACGCCUCUUAAAGGUGCUCUAGCCGUUAAGCCGGUAGUACAGUUCGCUGGUGAAGCUACACACGAUUGCUUUUUCGGUACAGUGCAUGGUGCGGUUGAAAGCGGUAUACGAGAGGCCCAACGUUUAGAAGGUUACUAUUCGGUAGAUAUAUAAUAAACUCGCUGAAUUAUUGACAAAAAAGGAAUUUUGUAUUAAUAUUUUCGGUAACAAAAACAAUACUUUUACAUUAAAAAAAUUAUAUUUAUUUAAUAAGGAACACUAAUUCGUUAGUCACGUGAAGACCCUCCUCACCUCAUCCGCUACUCCCUUAUGACUUGAGGCUUAAAAACCAGUUCAGAGGCGCGCUUAAAAGAUUCUGCAUACAAUGGUAGACGUUGUGUCAUUGGGAAGUUCCAGAAGUCUUUCACUUGU